AUGGACCUAACCUCCGGAUCUCAGGUCGACAUGCCACCAUCGUACGGGUCGCAAGAAUACUGGAAUAAGCGCUUCACAUCCGAGGUCGAACCAUUCGAGUGGCUAGGAGCACCACAUGUAAUAGACCCGUUUCUCAAGGAUGCAUUGAGCAGUAGUACUGAAGACGAGCCAAAACUUCUUCACAUUGGCUGCGGCACCUCCAUGCUCUCCUACCAUCUCCGCACCGUCACCAAAUCGCCGCAUCAAAUCCACAACGUCGACUACUCGCACGUUGCCAUUGAUCUAGGACGAAGACGUGAAAAGGAACUUGACCGGAACGAUCGCUUCGAGGACAGCCAGAGCAUUAAUGGUGGUGCUGGCACAUCUAUGCGCUGGGAUGCUGUGGAUCUACUCGAUCACAAAUCCGUCCUGGCAGUCUUCAAGCCUCAAGCCUAUUCCGUAAUAGUAGACAAGUCAACAUCAGAUUGCAUAGCCUGUAUAGACGACGUUAGAUUACCCCUUCCCUAUCCCAUCGACAUCCCGUCCGACACUCCACUGGACCUAAGUUUACACGAGACACCCGAACCAGUGCAUCCAUUGCACAUUUUGGCCGUGCACCUAGCAUAUGCGACUAAGCCUGGAGCACGCUGGGUUGCACUGUCCUAUUCCAGUGAUCGCUUUCCAUUUGUUGAUGGCUUGUAUUCGUCAAGACCCCACGUGUCUGGAUUUCCGGAUACCGGGAUGCUUUGGAAACUGGUCAGUAAGGAAGAGAUAGAGAGUGAGGAGAAGCAAGAGAAGGUUGUAAAUGCCACAGGUACGGUGACGUAUAAGCCGAAAAUUUCGCACUGGGUGUAUAUACUACGGCGAACCGAAGUGCCGCUGACAGUCAGAGGAGGGCACUUGUAA